AAUGCAACACACAUCAUCACUGAAUGGUAAAAAACAACAGAUGAGUAAUUCUCAAGAUAUGGAAUUAUCGGAUGCUGCCCUGAAGAGAAGAAGAAAAAGUGUGCGUGACGAUGAUAUCAGUAUGAGAAAACAAUCGGAGAGUGACAAGACAAUGUUGCCGCAGAAGAAACGUGUGUUUGCGUCGAGUAAUUGUGGUAGUCCAGCGCGAAAAGCUUGUAAAAAUUCGGAAGAACCGGAGGACGAUGAGACACUGAUCAGAGAGACUGAGGCAGCGUUGAAGAGCUUAUCGGGAAGUUGGCCAGGACCAAGUGGUGGUUUGUACCAACGUGGUGGUUCCGAUGACGAUCGCUACGAGUCAAACUUUGAGAAUCUCUUCGAGGAGAAGAAAGACACCCCAAAACUGUCACCAUGCUCUGUAUCAACAUCAUCAACAACGAGCAACGAGACAGGAUGUUCAUUGAAAGACGUGAUAACCUUCCGCGGUCAGGACAGAAGAUCGUUCCAGCAGGUGAGGCCUCAGCAGAUGAAGGCGAAAAAGGAUAUCGAUGGUAUGAAAAUGGAGGCAGAUUGUCCUGUCCAGAAUACUUUGAAAAGCAGAAGUCUGAAGGACAGAGUGGAACGAUUGCCGAAUGAGAAAUACUCUCGCUACGAUCCACCGGACUUCAACGAACUCGUUGACGAUUCAUCUAAUGAACUGGAGAUCGACAUGUCUGAUCCACUCGUGGAGAAGGACGACGAGCGAGACCAACGGUCAGAUGACAAGACCAAAGACAGAACCAUUAAAGGAUUAUCAUCAUCACCAUCUGGUAGACACCUGUUCUCACCAACGUCAACGACAUCGUACUCAUCAUCAGCCUUCAGACCACCGAAUACAGAUCACACAAAGCCAGUGUGUAGAACACCAUCAGCAUCAACAUCAAGUCCACCAAUUGGUCCUUAUCCAGCAUCAGCAACAUUCGUAGGUUUUCCCACACCAGUGCCAGGACCAGUGAUGCCAGUGCCACAACCGAUGAUACCGCCCUCCAGCGAAGAGAAGAAUACCUCCGUAUCCCUCCUACAGUUGAAAUCACCGAAGGAGGAUCACCAUCAGAGCCAGGCUGCCACAAAAUUAUCACCAACGAAACAACCAACUGGAUUACCACCACCUGCCAGUCCCGAUAUCAACACCUCCAAGCAAUACACGAUUCUACAGCCAGCUGGUCUUGGCUCCAGAGCAGCUAGUGCUAUACAAGAUAUCACAAGGGAGGGAGUUGUUAGUGUCACUGCGGUCAGCAGCUCUAGUGGAAGUAAUAGUUCCACCAGUAGUUACGCAAGUUCUAAAAAUGGUAGCGAUGGUAUAAAUGGAUGUACAGCUAGUUGCGUUACCACGAAUACAACAACAACGACAACAGCCGUUGGUGAUAUAUCAACGACGUCUGGUGGUCAGGAUGUUAUGAAGAUACAGGAGAGAAAUUUCGAUGGCAAUCGUCCUGGCAUAUCCAUGUCACCGUCCAGUAUUGGCAGAGAGGGCAACAAGUGCCCAACCCCGGGUUGCACUGGUCAAGGUCACGUAACUGGACUGUACUCGCACCAUCGCAGCCUCUCCGGAUGUCCCAGAAAGGAUAAACUCACACCUGAGAUGUCGGGGAUUCCCCCAGAGUUCAUAAGCACGAACCUACUCCCAGGUUCUAUGGACAUCAAAGGCUAUUCGAUCUACUCGUCACAAGCCACCGAAUCAAAACCAGUUGUCACAUCACCGACGUACGAUUACUACAAGACACCGGGUCUCCACGUGAAGCCACCGAAGACCCCGGAGGACCAGAAUCCCCGUAGUUCAUCAAAAAUAACUCCAAAAACGGAGGUAUCACCACCGACGACCUGUUGCAGCGCACUACCACCGAGAAAUUCCGAGCUACUAGUCCCAAAGACCGAGGAUACAUCAUCCUGUCGUGUGAAUUCACCACCACCACCACCACCACCCCGACAGACAUACGACUCAUACAUGAAUCAGGACUCGAAUUCCUCGUCAAUGUCAUCCUUGGACAUGGGUUCAAGAUCGAUUGGCACAAUUCACCAUCCAACCCAGCAUCCGAGCCACCACGUGUUACCGAUGCAGCCAACAGUAACGUAUCCCAUGACGAUGGUGGAGGACACGAGAAUGACGCACCAGAUGUCACAGCGAUCACCUUACGAGCCAUCGAUGAUGGCAGCUGUGGCAACAACGAGCGAGGAUAUCUAUCAUCACAGAAGUGCUGAGCACCGUGCCUACAUGCAUCAGACAAGCAACGGAAUAGCUAGACCAGUUGUGACGUAUUCCAACGAUGUUGGCGCUGCUCGCGGCUACGACAAUGUCUCGAGUGUAGCUAAUCAUCGACCCUACGAUCCAGGUACCGGUUCUGGCUACGAUAGAUAUGACAGCCAGAGCUGUGGACCCUUUCAGAGUCAACAGGCACAGCAGCAACAGCAGCAGCUCCACACAAGAGCUAACAUGUAUUACCUUGGACAGACUGGAAUGACAGCUGACGAGCAGGAGAGAGUGUACCAACAAGAAGCUGCGGCUGUACAGCAACACCAGAUGGCUAUGGCAGCAGCUACCGGUGUAAUGAUCAAGUCCGAGGAUGUCAAGUGCGUUCAGAUGCCCAAGGGUGGACCACCCACAUCACCCGGUGGUUCUGUCAUGGAUUUGUCGACGUCAAGCGUCACAUCGACGAGUCCACAAGCACCACCAUAUGGAUCCAACAGUCUCAGCCCCCAGUACGGUGGUGGUCAAACUGUUGGUGGAAGUCCUCAAGCUGCUGCUAGUCCUCAUCUAACUGCAAGUCCACAGGUGCCGAGUCCACAGGGACAAACUCUGGAUCUCAGUGUCAACAGGCUUCACAGCGGUGCACCAAGUCCCCAGUAUCCAACAUCCCAUGGCGAUGCUGUACCUGUAGCUGUUGGUCCACCCUUUCCAGCUCCUCGACCAAUCGAGGAGCAGACAGAACCCGUUGACUUCUCAACUGCCAACGAACCCGUCAAUUUCAGCGGUGGUCCUGGUAUCAGGCCCGUCGGCUUUCCACCACCAGGUGUUCACGCGGCUGCUUACAGCCGAGAGAGCACACCCGACAGCGGUGUCUCGCAUUACAUGGACGCGUACAGAGAUCCAACUGCGUAUGGGCCGAUGAGUCCACAUCCUGGCUACGGCAUGACGGGUGUCCAACCGGAAUACCCCGGCAACACCUACACCCCGUACCCAACAGCUGGCUACAACUGCACUGGUAGCUAUCCAGGUGGACCAGUAACAUCAAGCUAUCAAAUUCCCACUGGCUACAGCCCAGCGCCUUGCUACAGCAUGCCACCACCGCAGCACACGAUCAGCGGUCUCGACAAGUCAUCAGGAAAAGACGACAGUCUCUCGGGCUGUCCGAGAGCGGAUCGUUCCCAGAUUCAGGCGCACUCACAGGAGCUGAAGUGCCCGACCCCAGGAUGCGAUGGCUCUGGACACGUUACAGGCAACUACAGCUCCCACAGAAGUCUCUCCGGUUGUCCAAGGGCGAACAAACCCAAGAGUAAACCAAGAGACGGACAGGACUCUGAACCGCUCAGGUGUCCAAUUCCUGGUUGUGAUGGAUCAGGACAUGCCACUGGUAAAUUCCUGUCUCACAGAAGUGCGUCUGGGUGUCCGAUAGCUAAUCGAAAUAAACUCCGAGUGCUAGAGUCCGGUGGUACAGUUGAACAGCACAAAGCAGCAGUGGCAGCGGCAACAGCUAUGAAAUUCGAGGGUGUAAAUUGUCCCACCCCAGGAUGCGACGGUAUUGGUCACGUAAACGGCUCAUUCUCAACCCACAGAUCUCUCUCGGGCUGUCCAAUGGCCGGCAACACCUUGAGAAAACCAAAAUUCGAGGACAUGACUAGCAUGUACAGCAAAGGAAUCACCGGAGUGGACACCGGUGGUCCGGCUCAGGGUGGUGCGUUGGGUGCGGGUCAGGGAAGCACAAGCGGUAACAUUGUACCUGGUGGUCAGGGCGAGGAUCUGUAUACAUUGGAAGCUGAAAUCACUGAAUUACAGAGAGAAAAUGCGCGAGUUGAGUCGCAGGUAAUGCGUCUGCGCUCAGAAGUUACAGCUAUGGAGAAUCAUCUGAAGCAAGGGGACAAGGAAACAACGGUGAUUGCCCAGCGAAACAAUCAUCUCACUGAUUAUUAUCAAUCACUUCGUGACAACAUGAUAACUUUUCUGGAGCACGUGAGAAUACCUAGCGCCCCUGGCGGUCCACCUGAGAAAAUGGGACAUGAAAAUUUCGACAGUUAUCUGACAAAAUUACAAACACUUUGUACCCCUGAUGGAUACUGCGCUGAUGAAACAAAUCGUCCAACAUACGAGACUGUUAAAACUGCAUUGCAGGACUUCACAGUUCUGCCAACGCCCAUCUGAGACCAUCAGUCACGUGGAUAAAGUAGGAAAAUCAUUUAAAUUUCAAGGGUAUAUUAUUGAUUAAAUCCACAUGACUGUGAGAAUUCUUAGGGACCUAGAAAAAUGUUGGAAGUUCAUAUUUUCGGGUAUUUGCCAAAAAAAAAAUGACAGCAUCCGAAAAAAAAAUCGGCUCUUUCCAAUUAUUUUUCCAAAAAUCGACUGAUCCCGAUAAAUAUUGAUUUUCUGAUAAAAUUUAAUCAACUAGAAAAAAGUCCUCCAACUUUUUUAUCUCAACUCGAUAGUUAUCGAUAUAAAUCGAUUUUUCAAAAUUAGAUUUAAUUGAAUUCCCAGCAAUUUUCUAUAUCUCGACUCAAUCCAGAAAAAAAAAACUUUCUCCAGUUCGGAAAGUUGAAAAAGUGAUCAACAGUAAAUAAACAACUGAUGAAAAAUCUCAAGACGACGAUGCAAUUGUAAAUACUCAAGUGAUUAAAAAAUUCCCAGAAAUCCUCAGUCCUGGGAAUCCCUAAUUUGUAAAUAAUCGGUCCAACACCAAAGAAAGGGGAAAAAAAAAUCACGAAUCGAGAGAAAUUCUUGUCGUCAAUUUCUCACGAUCUAAAUCUGUAAAAAUUAAAAAAAAAAUUUCUAUUACGCUUAGUGAUGUAUAUCCGCUCAAUCCCCUCCCCUGUCCGCUUGAUAAUCGUUGAUCUACCGAUAAAUAUUCAUCAGAAGAAUAAUCAACUAAAGUUAUCAUUUAUUAUUGAAAAUAUUUCGAUAUUGAU